AUGCGGCGUCGCCCCCAGAGGUUUGACUCGUUGGAGCUGACUGAUGAGAAGAUCAACGCCAUCACAGACAAGAUCCCACAGCGGCCCGUUGGCGUGGUGGAGGGCACCAGCUACACCGCAAUAAUCCUUGCAGCAUUUGGGUGCCUGGCUUACUUUGUGUACAACUUUGUGGUCACUCUGGUGCUGGAGCCAGUGCAGCAGCAGUGCUUCAACGCGGCCCUGGACAAGCUGCGAGCUGACCCGCGCAUUACAGUGCGCCUUGGCAGCUCCAUCACUGGUUACGGCCAGGAGACGCACAACCGCUCUGCGCGUCAGACUAUCCCCCAUCAGGUCUACAAAGACCAGGAGGGUCGGGAGCACGUGCGGCUCCAGUUCCACAUGCGUGGCCCCGGGGGCAGCGCGCUGGUUAACGCGGACAUGUACAAGGCUGACGGCGGGGCCUGGGACUACUCCUACCUCAUUGUGGACGUGGCCGCGGGGGGCACCCCGCCGCAGCGGCUCAACAUCGUCAUGCCGCGGUGA